AUGUCGGAAUGCACAGAUGAUGAAAUCGUUAUUCAGCUAUCUCCAUGGGGCGAAUUUUUCGUCUGGAUAGCUAGGCAUGUGGAACGGCUUCGUCGAGAACACCGAAUCGUUGGCCAUCUAUCCAUCCCACCUGCUACUACCUCUGGGUCGUCAUCGUCGGUGGUGGCAACGGCUUCUGCCUAUGCCGUCCGUCUACCCUUGCGACUGAGCCUUGAAGAGACCGCUGUUCUCCUUUUCCACCGUCUUCCUGUAGCUAUUGACUCUGUCCGUCCUGUUCGAUCUCUCAAUCCACCCUCUCCUCGCUCUCUUCUUAAAUUUGAUUCCGCGCUCGCCCUGCAUUACACUGAAUCGGUGAAAGUUCGCAAGCAAGAGAAACGUCAGCGGAUGCUCGACCACUACGAUGAAAUUCGUAGGGGCAGGGAAAAGCGGAAGGCACGAGAAGCCGCCAAGAUUGGCGGUGCUUUUUCUACUGGUUUUAGUGAUGAGGAGCAAGGAAUCCUUUACGACGAAAAUGGAGUGAAGCUAUCAAAGAAACGACUAAAAAAGCUUCGACGCGAAAAGCGUCGGACAGUUGUCCCUAUGGUGGAAUCGGCGUCGGACUACCCUCAUGUGGUCAACUUUUCGGUGGAAGCCAAAGCCAAAGAGCAGGAAUAUGAGGCCAUUGAACCCCUUUUAACUGUAGACGAAUUGAUGGGGAUCACAUCCACUAAUGAUUCUCAGAUGGUCAAGUAUAUCCCUCUCCAUCGACCGCGGGCCACGCCUCAGGAGUGGAGACGUGAUGGUGAACAUACGACUCUCUUUCUUCCCGAUAGGGCUCGUGACAGUAUUGAGAAAGUGGCAUUGUGGCUCCUUGAGAUUUCAUCGAAAUUGCAGUCCGAUGGAAAUGAGGAUGCUAUCGUCAGAUGCAAAGUUUUUGAUGAUCUCUGGUCUAGAGGCUUUUACAUUACCUGUUCUGCUUCCAAGAUGGGUGGUGAUUUCCUCGUAUACCAGGGUGAGCCUCCUCUACUGAUGGGCCUUGGGGAAGUCUUGGCUGAAAGAGGCGGAAGUAACCGUUAUUGCUACUACUACAAUGACGAUGACGGAAUGUGCGAGGACGACUUCGAUUACUACGAGGUGGAGGACGUUGAGGAGGGCUUUGCCGCCUUCUGUGGCAGCAUAAUUAGGCAGGUUUGGCCAAACAUUUGGAUCAGUCUUGUCGCUUGUUUGGUGUGGAGAGGCUGUCGAAGUCUGUUCCUUCUCCUCCUCUCUUUCGCUACGCCCCCUAAUUAUCUCGUGCAGAUGCUUGAAGUACUCCUCAACACUAUCUCAAUACUGCUUGGGGUUGUGCUUUUGCGCCACUUCUUUGGUGAUCUUUACGUGAGACCUUGUGCCUUCGUCUUCACCGUUGGUGUUUUCCUGUCCUUUAACACUGGUGUUCGUGACACCGCAGCUUGUGGGAGCAAAUCGCAAGAGACUGCGUGUUGGACCUCUGAAAUGCUUUUUGUGACCAUCUGCUGCCUCCUGCUCCAACUCUAUUGUGAAUUUUUCAUGGAUCCCCGUGAAUGGCACAUGAUUCGGGGAACUGCAAUGUUAUUGGUAAUGAAGGCUAUAUCUGUGGCUGCAUCAAGACGUUCAGAGCAACAGUCACUUAAAAUGGGUUUUAUACGACAUUACCUGUCUUGGUGCGGCUAUGCUUUUUCGCCAGGUAGUGUAAUUUUUGGACCCUGGUUCGGUUUCGAGAGUUAUUUACGCGCCACCCGGUUGAUCCAUCCUUCCCUUGGCAAUCCGUUUUGGAAAGACCUCCUUCGCACCGCGGUUUCUUUUGCCAUUGCCAUUGGAUGCAUCAUCUACUCCACCUACCUUUCCUCCAUCAUCUACGCGAGUUAUUUCCUUACCUUUCGGUGGACAAAUGCCUAUGCUCAGUCACAGAGUUUUCGAUUUAGUCAUUACUUUGUCAGCUUCUUCAGUCAAUCCCUCCACCAAGCUAUUGGCUUUGCAGCUCUCACCUAUCCCAACUCGGGUCAAAAAUACAUGCUCGCGAUGGUGACCAACCCGGUUUCAAUCGAGCUGCCACGAUCUCUGGUGGAUGUGGUCGUUCACUGGAACUUUCCCAUGCAUUUCUGGCUUAAACAAUACAUUUACAAGCCCACUCGGCGCUUCGGUCAACUGCAGGCUCUACUCCUUACGUAUGCGUUCAGUUCAUUGUUGCAUGGCCUCAACUUCCAGUUGGCAGCUGUUCUCUUUUCCAUCGGAAUGUAUGCCUACAUUGACUUCAUGAGGUGGCGCUUGAUUCCAACAGUAUGGCUGCUUUGUAGGAUUGAGGGAGAGGCUGUCCGCCCAAUGGAGCGCUUGCAUCGGAUCACGCGCAUGCGGAGAAAUCUGCAACCACAGGAGCAAGGUAGGUGUUAUUUUUUAUUGCAGGCGAAUAGGUUGUGGGUUCGUGGUGUGAAUUUUCUCUUCGGCUGUCUGGCCAUUUUCCACCUCGCCUACCUUGCCGUAAUGUUCGACACGAGUGAACAGCAGGAUGAGGGUUACAACAUGCUUCACGUGUUGGACAAGUGGUCACGUCUCAACUUUCUCAGUCACAUCGUUGCUGGUGUAACGUAUCUUCUCUACCUCCUCAUUUGA